AUGUCGUAUACUAGUGCCGUCCGCCUAAGCAGAGGUCAGACUUCUGUGGCCAUCGCAGGUGCGACUGGCAGUCUAGGUGAGAGCUUCGCUAUAGCUUCAGUCUUUCUUGAGUCUCCAUACAGACCGUUCUUCUCUCGAGUCAUCGUCAUCACGCGCAGCGCUCAAUCGGCCAACGCGAGACGACUCGAAUCCCUUGGAGCCACUCUUCACGAGAUACCUACCGCGUCUGACCGUCAUGUGCAGAAGCAGGCAUUGAACGAGGCUCUGAAGAGCAUUGAUGUCGUUAUUGAUGUGCUCAACCACGAAGCCAAGGAACUCGCCAAAGACCUGUUCGAGGCAGCACUAGCGCAGAAUGUAUGUGUGUACUUUCCGAGCGAGUUCGGAGUGGAUCACCGGUUUAAUGACUUCCCAGGCUACGACCACUCCGCCUGGAUCUACAAGCGUCAGAAUGACGUUCAAAUGCGGGAGAAGGUCAAGGACAGCGGGAAAGAAAUGAAGAUCGUCGUGGUCUAUCCGGGUCUCUUCCUCGAAAUUGCUAUAACCGUACUCGGAUUCGACAUUGGCCGAUCUAUUUUCUCUGCUGUUGGGUCGACUUCCGCCAACUUUUCUGUCACAUCCAAAUCGGACAUCGGGCGUGCGGUCGCUGAGCUCUCUAUCCUCUGUAUGUCACCAGUCAACGCUUCGGAGGUGCCGGACCAUAUCCGCAUCGCUGGCGACAGCAUCAGCUUUGAGGAGGUUCGAGAGUUAGUUCAGGAGAGGACUGGAAGGGAGAUCGAGCUGCGUACGGAGGACUUGGUGCAAUAUAAAUUGCAACUCAAAGAAACGACUAUCAGAGAUGGAGAGGGAAGGCCUGCGCACUGGAUCAGGGCACUCGUGGGCGAAGGCAAGAUGGACUUUAGUAAGGAUAAUCAAAACGAACUCGUCAACACGGGCGAAAGGAGCUGGAAAUGGAAGACUGUGACGCAGCAUCUGCGUGAGGCGCCAGCUGUGUAG